AUGGCCAGUGGUCCCGGGAAUAAUGUCUCCUCUUCUGUACAGAAAGUCACACACUCAGAGAAUUCACGAGUAAAGAAGUCCCAGCAUUCAGAAGAAGAAAUCUUUUAUAUGAACUGCAGAGCAGCUUAUCUAACUGUUUUUAAAAGCAGUUUAGAAAAUAUUAAAUCAAAAGAACAACUCUGUUUAGUACUUCAACAGGCUGGAAGAAAUCCAUCUCAGAAGACACUUAAUAAAUACUGGACUUCACAAACAACUACAUUGAAUUUUGAUGAUUUUUGUACUAUCUUAAAAAAAGAAAAAGCAGCUACAAAAAAUGAACUGCUCAGAGCAUUUGGAAAAAUAGAUAAAGAUAAUUCUGGAUAUAUUUUGCAUGAUGAACUUUAUAAAAUUCUUACAACUAGAGGUGAAAAAAUGACUCUGGAUGAAGUGAGUGCCAUUACUAAACUGGCCGAUUUUAACAGCAGUGGCAAACUUGACUAUAAUAAGUUUUGUGACUUAUACGUGAGAACCAGUGAGCAAUGCUGCAAGACUGCACUAGAGAAACUGGAAGUUGACAGUCGAUUGAAGCGUCAGCAGUUUGGAAGUCAAGUGGAAACUUCCUCUGAAGCAAUCACAUUGCCAGUAUCUAAACCAUCACCAAGAGUCUCGAGGAAAACUGAUCACAAACUUACACCAGUGAAAGGGGAUAGCAGAAUUUCUUCAAGACCCUCAUCAGCUCAAACUUGCAAAGCAUCUGUUUCUACCACUAUCAGCAUGAGUGCCAGUCGUAACAGAAGCACAAAGCUAAUUGAGCCAAGCAUGGUAAAGGAAUGGCAAUGUGCACAAUCCAAAGGAUGUUUCUACUUAGAAGAUGAUGGUGAAAUCGUUAGCCACAAAUACAGGUUGCAUUUACCUCAGAGGUCUGCUGUAUGUAUUACCAUCAAGCCUUUAAACCUUUGUCAGGUAGAAGGAAAAUCUUGUCAGUGGUUGUCAGUGGAUACAGUUUUGUAUGUUCUGAAGGAAAAUGAAAGCCAAGAUAAUUUACAGCUCGUGACCUUUACCGAACAACAAAAUAAAGAGAUGUUUGGAUGGAAAGGGGAGCUUGGAUCAGGAGUUUAUUGGCUACUCCCAUUCACAACAGGCUGUAGACUCAAGAAGGUAAAAACUCAAAUUACUGGAGAAGCCAAACUGGUGUACAGAGGUGAAGAUGGAGAGCUGGCUCUUACCGAAGAGUUGCGAGCAGCUUUAUUGGAUGUAUUUGAAACCAUUGAUUUGGAUGGGAAUGGCCUUCUGAGUUUAGAAGAGUACAAUUUCUUUGAACUGAGGACUAGUGGUGAGAAAUGUGAUGAGGAAGCCUGGGCUGUAUGUAAGGAGAAUUUUGACAUGAAGAAGAAUGAACUAACAAGACAGGGAUUUAUGGAUCUGAAUCUCAUGGAAGCCAAUGACCGUGAAGGGGAUCCUAGUGACCUUUGGGUCACUUUAUUGUCGCUGGGCUACAAUAAAGCAUUAGAAAUGAUAGAGGCAUGCCCCUUUGUCAUUGAUAUCUAUGCAGAAAAAUGCAAACCCAGGAUUAAAGCCAUAUUCCUAGAGGCAGGUGGCUGGCAACUCAACAGGGCCAUUUGCAAGUCUGUUGUCAAUAAAGGAGAGGCCAAAGUAAUGGAUGGUUGUGAAAAUGUAAUUGUUUAUACCUACAGAAUGGACAUGCGAAUCACUUCUGUUAUUGAAAAUAAGUCUGAAAGCAAAGUGAUUAUUCAUGUCAAUAAUGAGCACAGUAAGAACUGUCUAAGUAAUAGAGGACUCGCCGUUUUUGCUAUUGAAGUGGCACCAAAAUCCAUGAUGGUUUCUCAACAUGUGAUGCCGCUGAAUGACCAGGAAGAAUGGCUUUAUAAUUGUGUGCAUUCCCUCUUACGUUAAACACUCAAGAUAAAAAGCUAUAUUUUGGUAGCAUUCAAACUAAACCAGCAUUUCUUUU